AUGGCCCUUGAUUUGACACUGAAGUUAAGCGAGUUGCUCGGCACCAAGGACAAAUCAAAUAAACAGUUUCACAGACAGACUGUUACUUCCAACAAAACAGAAGUGUUACAGGAUGAGAGUCAGACAAAAGUGCGUGGUGCUGUCCACAAUUCCGCACUCUCCACGAGUGACUACAAUGCUUUCCGCACGAAGAGUAUCGGUGAAAAGAGAGACAUCUUAAGGAGAUGGACACGACCUACUUUACAAAACAACGGACAACAAGCUUUGGAUCGAACUGUUAGCCUUGAAAAGAGUUUGAUGAAGAACCCUCUUAAGAAAACUCAUUUUCUGGAAUUUAUGAAGAACCUUUUUGAAGUCGGCCACAUCAAGUUUGCACCACAGCUUCCACCAAACACUGAGAGCUGGCAUUUGCCUCUAUUUGAGGUCUAUCAACCACAGAAGAAAGACAAAAUCUGUGGAGUUUUCGACUCUCCUGCGAAGUGCGACGGAGUAUCACUUAAUGACGUCCUAAUGAGUGGACCAGAUUUAAUGAACAAUCUCAUCAGUGUUUUGCUAAGAUUUAGGAGAGAAUCUGUAGCAAUAGUUGCAGACAUCGAACAGGUGUUUUACAGUUUCUUGGUGGAUAUUGAAUACAGACGUUUCUUGAGAUUCAUUUGGCACAAAGACAAUAAAUUUGACGAACCUUUGGUCGAAUAUCAAAUCAAAGUACAUGUUUUUGGUAAUAGUCCCUCCCCUGCGGUGGCGACAUACGGACUACGUCUUACGGCUGAUGAAGCAGAAGCACAGUAUGGCUCGGAUAUGAGGGAGUUUGUGCAUCGUAAUUUCCAUGUAGAUGAUGCUCUUUCUUUUCAUUCAUCUGCAAAGGAAGCAAUCGACCUACUCCAGCGCACACAGAAGGCUCUGAUGGAACAUGGCUGUGUUUGA